AUGGAGAACGAGCCGCCUGCCAUCUUCACGCAGGAUGACGGCCGGUCUACCAAGAGGGGUCGAAUCAUGGGGAAGCUGUUCGGCCGCGAUCGAAAGGCAUCAAAUGAGGAGGCUUCGGGCCGUAACGUGAACGAUUUCCUCCGCGGACCAGCUGAUAAAGCCCCCGCCUCCCAGCGGCUCCCUGUUCUCACAAAGCUCGACACGAGCACUGUUACUCGAUAUCCCAAUGCCCUCAGUGUCAUCGACACCACCCUACAGGGGCUUUCUCUCCGACAGCGCUCGCAUAGUCCUCGAACGCGCAACAAGAAAGGCUUGGUGGUGAGAUUCGUCGACACAUUUCCCGAGGUUAUUGGCGAGGGCGGUGAUGUGUGCGAGAUACCUACAUUGGAUAUCAGUAAGAGGAGGAGAUUGAGGCCUCCGGCAGUCACCGCCGUUACUGCACCACCUCGUCCCUCAGUUGUGGCUGACAACCCAGCGCGAGCCUUUCCUGAAGCCCAGAAGGCAGACGAAUUCGCUCCCCUGCCUCCAAGACGCACGCAAACCGACUACUCGACCAUCUCAGAUGCGCCGGAGCCCGAGGUACCGGCAGGGAGGAAUAUAUCCACCAAAUACCUGGAUAGCCCUGUUGUGUCACAAGAUGAGAAGAGGAAAUCGUUCAUCGAGAUCCACCAAGCGCAGAUGCGGGAGGCAGAGGGGCUGGCUUUUGCCAAUGCCGUCCGAUCAGCCACCUCCUCAUCGUCCCAGACGCGGGAGGGGAUAAGACAGUCCCCAUUGGACCAGGGAGUUGAAUCGUCCCAAACCCCACCAGCUUGGUCCGCGGACCCAUCACCGGUUUCCAAGCCCGCUCAUCGUCCGGGAACACCUGAAAACCGGACACUGAGACCCACCUUUGAGGAGAGCCCCUCUUCUCUCUACUCCUCGUCCGCCAGCCCUGCCCAGCGUUUUGCCUCGCUCAGGCAGGACAGUCGGUUCUCGGAGAAAGAGAAGGACCCCGAGUCAGCCACAGGAAUGCCUUCACUCAACCUACAUGAUGUGGUGGUUGCUGCAGCAGACGAAGCGAUGAUCACCUUCGUUGCCCGUACUCGCCAUCUGUUUGAGCUCUUCCGCCUGCAUUCCGAGACAGUGAGACCGCUCCUGUCUAGCGCACCCGAAGACUUGGCCAGAGCCGGGCUCUGGUGGUUCUUGAGAGGGCGGAUGGCCCUCGAGGCCGCUAUCAGAGAACGUCCCACGAGCCCCCAGGACCAGCAGCAGAACGAAUUCGCAAAGCAGCAGGCGUAUGCCGAUCUUGCCAAGGGCUACUGGCUCGCCGAGGAAAUCAUACCCGAGGUUUUAGCAAGCAACCCUAGCUCGGCCGAUGCGGGAGAAGUUGACGACGUGCGGAGGACCCUUGUAUCCAACCUGCGGAAGUUGGCCGUUUCUAUGAAGAGGAACGGCUUUCUCCCUCCCGAAGAAGCCUUCUUGCCGCAGACCAUCGACAAGUCCGUCUGGGUCGAAUAUCCCAGCCUGAGCCGGGACCUCGUUGCACUGCUCUGGGGCACGUCGAGCACCGCCCUCAGCCAGAUGCAAAAACCCAGUUCUGGAAUGGCCAUGCUGGACGCCCUGCCUUUGGGCGAUUCCUCGUAUUCCUUUUGCUUCGGACGGGUUCAUGCCGACGUCUUCCUGGUGGAGCAAGGGGUCGAGUCACAACAGCUCUACCUCCCCUGUUUACUGUCGAUAACCCGACCCCAGAAACAAUCGAAUCUCGUAUUUGUCAUCGCCAGCCAAAACGGCGCGGUCCAGCUCCGCAUCCAGGGGAACAAGAACGCAGGACCCGUGUGGGAAGACGUGCGGUGGCGUUCAGAGUCGUGCAGCCUCAAUAUUAAGCUGCCGCGAGGGUUUAUUCUCGUCGCGCAAUGCUCGCAGACAGAUUACAGAAUGCUCUGGAGCAUGUAUGAGUUCAAUGCGAAAAUCCAGACGACCCUGUAUCCCAAGCAGGAUGAGCAAUGCGUCUUCAGGUCGACCGUGAGAGCCUUCCAAUACUUCGACAACGACCCCCAGGUACGGCAGUUUCCCAGAGAGUCGGUCCCGAGCUGCGAGGUCGCUCUGUUCGAACGAAUCCUGCAAGAGGGUGCUGCAACAGGCCCCCGUUGUUUCCAUCGCGGCUACCGAAUAGCUGUCGUGACAGGCACCCGAAUCAAAACCAUUAGCGGUGUCAACCAAGUCUACCUGCCGCAGGUGCCGGUGCAGUUCGGUUUCUUACGCGGAGAGCAGAACGACCCGGCACUGUCUCUCAAGUUUGAAAAUGGCCGGCAGAGGGGGAACAUGGUCAUUUCUUUCAACGAUGAGAAGGAGCGGCUACGGAUGCAUAGUCUGCUCAUCGGGACGGCGUUGCACCAUGAUGAGCACGUCUACUGCGAGGUUUCUCUAAAGGGCGUCCGGUUCUCGGAGCGUCUAGGCGACUCACCAGGUUUGAAGGCCAUCUCAGACCUCCCCUGGGAGCGGGCCAGAGUCAUCAACGAGGACACGGGGGGUGACCGUCCCUCUUGUGUGCUCGCCGAUAAGCUCCGCGUUGUAUUCGAGUUCCAGGAAGGUACCAUUACCGACCGAGUCAACAUUGCCACCGGCGAAUUCAAGAUGCGCCUCGACGUUCAAAAUCCAACCCAAUUGGUGGUUUAUCGCCAACCGCAGUCAGACCUGACUGUCGCAGUCACCGAGGCAAAGGUCUCUCGCGAACUCCCACAGGGCUUGGCCAGGGCCCUCGAGCUCCUACAACAGACGCCUACUCUCCGGACCUACGUUUUCCCCACCAUGGCAGAGCUACAUCGCUUCCAGACAGCCGUCACGGGUUUCAAUGUCCUCUUCGAUGGGAUAGCGUCUGCGUUUGCCAUUUCUCGGCGGCGCAUGGUCGUGCCCAUUCACAAGAAGUGGGAGGCUGGCGCCACGCGGAUCCAAGUCAUCCAGCAGGAUGGCGUCACCCAGCUGCUGGCCUUUUUCGAGGACUUCGCCCACGGGAAGUGCAUGAGCUUCAUGCUCAAGGGCACGGAUGUGUUUGAGGCCUUUGGCAAGACGGGGAAGGCGGGCGUCAAGUUUGACGAUGCCAAGUUCCCGUUGCCCAAGAUGCUUGGGGACGCCGACGACGCUCAGGCGGUGGCGGAUGCCGCUUUUGUCUGCCUGGAUAUGCCUGAACUUCCUGGAGAGCACGACGACAUCUCGAUCACGUUCGAAAGCGAAGCUGACCGAGAUAACCUUAUUAAGUGCCUACCGGCGCCGGUCAAGACGUCCAGACUAUCGAAGAAGUGA